AUGAAGCUAAGGAUUGUGGUAGGGGACAAGAUCCCGAGGAUUCCCAAUUUAGGUUUUAACUUUAUUGUAGUCAAGCGAAGUUUUGCUUUUCAACGACGUUCAAUACACAGGUCACAACAAUUAUGGCGAAAUGCACAGGGUGAUAGUCCAUUGCGCGCCCCAGGUCAAGCUACAACAUCUGAACAACGACUUGAGCGAAAUCCAGAAUUCCAAAAAAUGUCAGAGACGUUCAAAGAACGUCACUUAAAACAGUCAGAAACUGAGGAAAACGAUUCUUACCAGUUGGGGGCCUCGCUGCAUCGCAGUAUAGAUCAAAUUCGGUCGCACACACAUUCACAUUCCCAAUCAACGCCACUGCUUGUCUUGAACAAAAAAGAAUUCCAAAAGAACCCUGGUGUCAGAAUAACGUGGAUAGGCCUCAUGAUCAACGUUGGAAUGGCUGCAGGUAAAUUUGUAGGUGGCAUAGUCUUCCAUUCCCAAGCACUGAUAGCGGACGCAGUUCAUGCGGUCUCAGAUUUAGUCUCAGAUUUUCUAACCUUGUUUGCAAUAAAGUUAUCUUCCAAAACCCCUACCCAACACUAUCCAUUUGGAUUUGGUAAAGUGCAAACACUUGGUUCGUUGGCAGUGUCAGCGAUACUGGCUACUGCUGGGCUGACCAUUGGAUGGAGUUCCCUAUGCGCGAUUGUGGGGCCAUGGCUCCCUCAGGCCAUGAUGAAUAUUCUGUCCCACUCCCAUUCUCACUCCCAUGGUGUUGCCGAGGAUGUCACUGACGUUAAUGCAGCAUGGAUUGCCGCGGGAUCGAUUGUGGUGAAAGAAUGGAUCUUUAGGGCGACCAAAAAAGUCGCCAAGGAGACCAAUUCCAAUGUGCUCUUGGCCAAUGCCUGGCACCAUAGGGUGGACUCUCUAACCUCGCUGGUAGCCUUCAUUACAAUUUCUUCUGGAUAUUUUUUCAACAUCCAAUCUUUAGAUGCUGUAGGUGGACUGGUCGUGUCAGGCCUUGUUGUAAAGGCAGGUGCAGAUGGCUUAUUCGAAGCGAUGAAAGAACUGAUUGAUAAGGCGGUUUCGAAAGACGACACGCGUUAUAUUGAGGUAGAGAGAAAUUGUUUGGAAAUCUUGAGCAAGAUGGUAUCAAACAACAAUUCUGGCAGGCCUUAUCAUUUGAAUAACUUGAUUGUAAUGGCUUCGGGCCCCAAUGUACAUGCCAAAAUGGUACUCGAAGUUCCUAGACAGAGGUGGGAGAAUGUCUUGACCACCAAAGAGUUUGAAAAUGUCACAGAGCAUGUUCGCAGUUCCUUGAGGGCUAACAUUCCCAGUCUUCUGGAAGUGGAUGCCGAAUAUAUCGAAGAACGCCCUGCCACUAGUCCGGAGCAAUCAAAAGAAUUCGCAUCACAAGAACAAAUGGAUGCCCCGCCGCUUCCAAAGACAGAAACCAGUAAAAACAUGAACGCAUCGGCCGGCCGACACACGCAUUCGCACUUUGGUAGCUUGCUUGAUGACCAUCAUACCCAUAAGCACUAA